GCCUCGUUGCCAAAAGCUGCCUUAUAGAAACCCACACCAAACAACCCUUUUUAUUUUCCUCAUUCCUGAAACCUCCAAACCUGGUUGACUUGUCAGGGUGCAUUUCGCACAUUCCUGCUAGCAAGCCUGAAGGAUACGCCUAGUUCAGUCAUUGCUGGAAGAACAGAGAACAAGUAGUGUGAUCUGACGCAGGCUUCGCUUCACCCUGGGAUUGCUGCCGAACUCCAGCAUCAGCGUGGAGAUGGAAACCUGGAGCGCUGCAGCAUGAGCUGUAUGGAGGGACAGGAACUCAGCAGGGUGGCUGAUAAGAAAGCAGUACGUUGGGGCACAGACAAAAGUCCCUAGAAAUGGAAGAGAGGAAGGACUCCACAAAACUGAGCAAAUGCAAGCAGCCAGUGAAAACAGAGUGGGGAGCCCAGUGUGUGGUGUUUACCUACUUCCAAGGAGACAUUAACAGUGUGGUGGAUGAGCACUUCUCUAGAGCAUUGAGCGCAUCCAAAACUCCACAGGAUUUGAGCAGAAAAAACAGUGGUGAGGAUGCAAUUGUAAAACAUGAAAGCCACACAUCUCCCCAGCAGUGGAACUUCUCGCCGCAAUGGGCUAAGCCGUACCAUGCACCGCCUCCUUUAAACCUAUCCAGCUCCAACGAUAAUGCAGCUGCUGCAGCGACAAGCCCCUAUCCUCCUUCUCUUCUCCAGGGCAUCACACCACCAGCUACAGAGCUAUGGCAGUUGCCUUCAGGGGGAAACCCAAAUUUGACUGCAGCUUCAGUGUACCCUCCCUCCAUGCCCGAUGUGCAUAUGACGCAGGGAUCUGUGUCAGAUGGGAAAUACGGGUCCCUGCUGGGUCUCUUGCAACAGGAAAGGUGUCCUUCAUCUGUCCAGGAGCCUCUCAAUUCUGGAUCUGCUUGUCCUACCAGCUCUGCUAGGUUACAAAAUAUGAGCCAGAGUUUAACUUCUGGGGCUGGUAUCCCUGAAAAUGACAGAAGAAGAGAUCUCUACUUUUAGAAAAUGGACACAUUUGUUUAUUGUUUCUGGCACAGAGGAAUCUCCUUUGUGGACAUUUUUUAAACAACAACAAUCAGCCACUGUGAUGAAGAGGAGGACAUCAGUGACCCCCACCUCCAACCUCCGUUUCCAGACCUUCCUGUGCUCCUUUGAAAUCUUCAGCUUUCCAGAUGUUGCUGGACUACAGCUCCUAUCAUCAGUGGCCUUUGUCCAGGCUUGCUGGGCUGAUGGGAGUUGUAGUUCAGCAAUACCUGGAGAGCCAAAGGUUCCCUCCCCCACAACACCUGGACAUGCUGCCACUUACACCAUGUUUUUUAAUUUCCCUUCUGCUUGCCUUUUCAACAGCCCUAAUUCUGCAUGCUUGGCACAUGGGGACUCUUUCCAUCUGGAAGAUCUCCAGAUCCUACUUUUCACACCAGCUGAAGCGUGCCGUCAACUUUGAGAGUGUUUGCUGGCCAUCAAAAGAGAACAGAAGCACCAGCUGUGGUGGAGGUGCUUGGCUGCAGGCGUAAAAACUCUACGGGUGUGAUAACAAAGCCAGAUCUUACGGAUCAUUGUGCCAGUCUAGAUUCUCUAAUAUCUGAUAUGUGGUUAUGGAUGUGAAAAUUAUUUGUUUUCCUGAAGAACAUUCUCAGUUCACCCUGCUAUAGAUCCCUCAGCUCCCACUCUUCUCUAAAGGAGGGAAAUUUAAUAAAAAAAAUAUUAUGUGACUGGAAGAAGUAAAAGGAGGUGGAAACACAGCAGUUUUCUUGUUAAAUGCUUAGAUUUAGCAAAGCAAUGCAUCUGCAGGCCCUUAUUGAAAGGCAGAACUUGCACACUGAUGCAACACUGUCUAAUUUACAUUAAAAUCUGGGUUUUCUCGCUUUCAGAACCAAGAGUUGUUUUUGCAACAGAAAUCACAACUGCCUGUUUCCAUCUCUGCUUUACUAGAAGGGAGGGAGGGGGGGGGAGAGAGAGUAAUCAUUUUCUUUUUCCACUUUAAAAACCAGCAUGAGCAGAAAAUGCUAUUUCUGCAGGUCUCCCUUGAGGGUGGAAAAAGUCAAUAGUGUGUUCUCUGGGACACUGAGGUGUUGUCACACUUGCUGGUGCUUUCAUUCCUCUGGGCUCUGUAUAUUUCUCUAGAAGACUUGGCAAAACAUUAGAUUGUACUGAGUUGCCACCAUCUGGUGCUGCGCGUG